UAUAUUUCCAACAACAGAUGAGGCUCUGUCCUAGCGGCCUCUGACCCCUGGCUAUGCUUUGUAAUUCAACAACAAGACAGCUAUCUAAGCUGUGUGAGUGAUAUGUGUGACUAUGAUGAUGAAGCUUCCAGCUUUGUUGUUGUUGCUCCUGUCGCCCCUGUCCUCGGCCAGUCUUCAGGACAUUGUGAAGAAUAGUUCACAGCACAAAAAUGUCUCCGUGAACCCAGCUCCAGAGGACAGGAUUCCUGAAAUCACCUCUAAGAGAACAAUGUCAACAGAUGAAUUUCUUCCUUCUUCUGCUAUAUUGAGACAGAAGAGACAGGCUCCUCCUUUCCCCUCAUUUUGUAAUAGUGCACACCUGAAAUGGAUGACCUGGACUGGCAGUCUCCCUAAUGGAUCUGUGGGGAUUUUCAACAGUUAUGCUGAUCGCUAUGACUACGUCUGCAAAUACAAUUGUCAUGCCGGUUUCUACAACCCUAAUUACGGUCCUUAUUGCCACUACCCCUAUGGAGACAAAGAGGUGAGAGGUGAACCAUUUGAUAUCCUGGUGAACAAAGACAACUUUGAGAUCUUGGAUUGGAAGGACGGUUCCUAUGGUUCAGUGCCUCAACAUUCACUCAGAACGUGUUCGGCGUAUGAUAUAUAUGUUGGUAAGAACAAGUACGGUCUUGGGACGGUACAUGUUAGGCAUCAGGCCUUCUUCCUUCCCUGGAAAGGCAGUGAGUAUUUUUACAAGAGCUACCAGGUCCUAACCUGUAUUCAAGAUGUACACAGUGAGCACAUCUCGAACGUCAUUUACAACAUUAAUAGGGCUAAAAUCAUCCAGUAUCCUCCAGAGAGCAUAAACAGCUUUUCCAGCACCAACAGUGGAUCCAGUCCAGUGGUGACAACAUCUACUGUCUCUGCGACAAUUCGGGUGGAGAAAAGGUGGAACAUCGCCUCUUCAGUCAAAACCGGUGUCAAGACGACCUUCAUUGGAGGACUCCCUAACUUUAUAUCUGGAGGUGUAGAAGUCAGCGCUGAGGUAUCAUUCGAGUUCUCAGGUGGACACACCACUACAGAAGAGAACCAGCACUCUAUUUCUAUAACGCUCACCGUCCCACCAAAGCACACCUGCACAGGCCAUUUGGUGGGAUAUAAGUCCCAGGCAAACAUCCCUUUCACUGCACGCCUCAGCCGCACUUACACAAACGGACAGACCACGUGGACGUCUAUCUCUGGGAUGUACAAUAUCAUUCAAAUUGGACAUAUCCAGGCUAACGUGGAUAACUGUGAACCUGUACCUGACUCAAGCCCUUUGCCUUAAAUAAUAAUUGAAGGGGCACCAUUAGAUAUAUGACACAUUGUAUUUCAAUUGUAUGCUUUCAUAUAUUUUAUUUUCAUUAAGAAAAUAAAAGUAUUUGGAUUUUAACUAUUUCUUCAUGUUGUGUUUGUAAACUGUUUUCAAAGCAACAAAUGUAUCACAAAUUUGCAUUUAAUAUCUUAUUGUUACAUAAAAAAAGGCAUUAUAUGCAAGCUUAAUCUGUGUCACAAUCACUCAGCAUGAAUGUUACAGUCAAUAACAGCAGCAUUGCAGUUUUAUUACAUCAGUGUUAGUGAAAUAUGUAAUGAAAUAGUGUCACUUUUACUGUCGGCUAGUGUUGUGUAGUAACAGGUAACAAUUUGUCUCUGUGCAUCAAGUGUAAGAAAGUACAAGAAAUAAUGAAAGUCAAAUAAGAAAAAGAGUGCUGAAUGACCCAAAUAUUGUGUAAUUGAGGUUUAGUGUGCAAUGAUGCAAAUAUUCAUGAUAAGUAGACAUUUGUAUGAAGCAUAAUGACAUUGAAUAAUAUACAAUAAAGCUCAAUGUUCCCUUCUUUA